CGCCUGCAUCCUGUCCUCAGUCCCACCACCUUCCCAGAGGCUACGCGAUACCUCCUACGUGCCCAAGAAUGCCUAUGGUCUCUAUUGAAGCAGUACCCCAAGAGAUCAUAGAACACAUCGCCUUCUUCGCAGGGACCCAGUAUGUCCUUGGACCUCCAUCGGACUUGCUUCCUCUACUGCUAACAUCGCGGGCUUUCCAUCGGCAACUAGCCGAUUCAUACAAUCCCUGGUUAUAUGCGCGCAUAUUCGAGUAUAAGUUCGACCUACGCGCUGCGGCCCGCCGGCUAGGCGCCGAGGCCAUGACCGUCCUUGUCCUGAAAGCGGAGCUCCAGAAGCGGUGUGCGUAUCUCAAGAAGAUAAAGGCGCGGACGUCUGCGUUCCUGAAUGAGGACGACGACGAUCUGUCAGACGAUGGCGUACGGGCAGAGCUGUUGUGGAUGGCAUACCUGAUGAUGCUAGAGAAUGAUGGCAAGAACGAGCGACACUUACGAGAGUAUGCUCAGAUGGAGACGUGGUUGUGGGACUACUGGUUCGACGCUCGUGGAGCGUCACGGGCCUCCCAGCUCGUAAGCAUGGACAAAUGGUUGCCCGAUACCGAGCAGAACUCGCUGGCCAUGUGGCUAUUUUGGCUUCUCUUUGAUCCUGAACAGCCCAUCAGGAGCAAGGCUAGCUUUCGCAUCGUACCGGUCGUGCUGAAGCUAGCGGCUUUGGCUGCCAACCGGUAUCCCAUCUGUCUACCAAGUUGGGCAACGUUUUUGCCUCAGGUUGGACCGAAGUCAAGAGGCGGCAACCCCAUUGAGCACUUCUCGCAAACUUACCAUCUGAAGCCACCCCCCUUGACGUCCCCGGCGAUCCUCUCGUAUCUGACUUUGGCGAUCCAGUACUCUUCAGAUCGUGAGGUCAUGCAUCGAGCGCCUCAUACGCCUUCGAAGCUGAGCGCGUCUGUCAACUCUAGCCUUGAAUGGGAAGCGGACUGGUACCGAUGCUCGAGCCUAGGUCAAGCUGACUACUCUCGCGCGCAUUGUGGGGCGUACGUCCCGGGGUGUAUGGAAGGGAUCUGGGAAGGUUUAUUUACGUACACAGAGUUCACCGCCUAUGCGGCGCUUCUGUCUGGCGGGCCUCCGUCUGCUCUUCAGAAAAGUCUGGUCGCGCAACACAGGCAAACGUGGCGGCUGAGGGAGUAUCACUUGAUGGUGGCUGACACAGACGGUCGCUCAAAGCGCUGUCUAGCCACGGGUGAUCCCCUCAGAGGCUUUUUCCCGGUAGGUACUCACAUCCGGGAAACAUCCGGGGGCAUCGAAGUCCAGCAGCCGCGCACAGAGGAUGCCCUCUGCUACCAGAGCUCGUCAUCAUCUCCACAUUCUCCAAGCUCGGACCCCAACCACAGUCACUGGAGGGAGAUCGCAGAUAUCAUGAUCGUUGGCGAGGGCCACUCUGCUUGGGGUCAGUUUAAUUUGAUUGGUAGAGUUAGGCCGCUGGAUGGAUUCAUCACAUUGGCGAAGGAAUACACAGACGGCGAGCGCGGGCGGUGGCUCUACCGGGGAUACCUGGUGGGAAAUGUGAACGGUAACCUAUCAGGGCGUUGGCGAGACACGCUCAGCCCAACUGAGGUACCCGGUUAUGAGGGCUGCUUUGUCAUGAGUCGAAGAAAGUAGAUCAUUAUUGUCCUAUUGACUAUAGCCCAGCGUAGUGAAACGUAUACGAGAAUUCUAUACCGGUGAAAAGUCC